CGUCUCCUAUUUAUGUCAAAGAUCCAUUAAGCAACUAAAAAACAUUUAUCUCAAAGCAAUGUUAAUUAUGAUAAUAGGAGGGGAGGAGCUUCAUGCUUGAUGGGAUUAGCCCGUUCUACAUGUACGGUCUAGUUGAGCUCCGUUUCGUUUGGUGAAACAAUGGCAACAGAAAGAAACCCUUAACUAAACCACCAUUCUUAGCUUUUCUUUUUAAAUUAUUCUAUUACUAAUCCAUCGAUUUUUGCACAAUUGAUCAACUCUUCUUCGAUCUACUCCUCAAAUUCCACCAAAAACUCCCAGAAACCAAUGCUCUCAUAUUAUGCUGUAGAUAUCAUUUUUAAUAGCUUCAGCCUGCUAGCAAGGUUAGAAGAGAGUUAGCUGGUUUGCCUCUUGGCAUGCUUGAAUUAGUGAAAUGGACAGGAGUAGAGGAAUCAACGACUAUGAACCUGGACCAGUUCCUUCAGAAAGCCGUGUGGACAGAUAUGGGUUUAUAAAGCAGAAUGUUAGUAAUAGUAGUGCUGCAGAAGGCUUAGGAAAGAGUAGGGAAGCUAGAAGAGUUAGGAAAUGGAGGAAAAUGAUUGGGGUUGGUGGGAGUGAUUGGAAACAUUAUGUAAGGAGAAAGCCUCAUGUUGUUAAAAGGCGUAUAAGGAAAGGAAUUCCCGAUUGUUUAAGGGGUCUUGUUUGGCAGUUGAUCUCUGGAAGCCGAGACCUUUUGCUGAUGAACCCGGGGGUCUAUGAGCAACUUGUAAUAUAUGAGACAUCUGCUUCAGAACUAGAUAUAAUCCGAGAUAUAUCCCGCACCUUUCCGACGCAUGUUUUCUUUCAGCAGAGGCAUGGACCUGGUCAGAGGUCCCUUUACAAUGUUUUAAAGGCGUACUCUGUCUUCGACAGAGCUGUUGGCUAUGUCCAGGGAAUGGGCUUUUUAGCAGGUCUUUUACUUCUUUAUAUGAGUGAAGAGGAUGCAUUUUGGUUAUUGGUUGCAUUACUAAAAGGAGCCGUUCAUGCUCCUAUGGAAGGAUUAUAUCAGGUGGGGCUGCCUCUUGUACAACAGUACCUGUUUCAGUUUGAGCACUUAGUGAGGGAGCACUUGCCAAAGUUGGGUGAGCAUUUUAGCCGGGAGAUGAUAAAUCCAAGCAUGUAUGCUAGCCAGUGGUUCAUAACUGUAUUCUCAUACUCUUUCCCAUUUCCUUUGGCUCUUCGAAUUUGGGAUGUAUUUCUCUUUGAGGGUGUUAAGAUUGUCUUUAAGGUUGGUUUGGCCCUUUUGAAGUACUGCCAUGAUGAUUUGAUAAAUUUAUCCUUUGAGAAACUCAUUCAUGCUUUGCGUAACUUCCCGGAGGAUGCAAUGAAUCCUGAUAUAUUGCUGCCCAUGGCUUAUUCAAUCAAGGUAUCCCGGAGCUUAGGAGAAUCGAAAAUCGAGUACGAGAAGCAAAAUAGAAAGCCGAAGAUUGAAGCAUAAACAAGUGCAUUGAAGGUUGUCCAUCUAAGCAACCAUUCUGCCUGUACAUUCUUAUUCUCAGUUGUUCUUUUGCUUUUAUAUUGUGUUAUAAGAAGAAGCAUAUGAUGCUAAAUACUGACUUCUUUAUAGACCUAUUUAGUUACUUAA